AUUCUCUCUCUCUCUCUCAUCAACCCCAUUCUUACUAUAUAAAUACAUGUAUAUGUUUUGAGUUAGCUCUUAGCUGCAGUCAAUUUAGCCACUCUCUCUCUCUCUCUACGUGGGACUUUUCCACACGGGCUACCGCAUACACAAUAGGGUGUGGUGGCUGUAUUGAUAUUGGACAGUUGAAAAAGCAGCAGCCCCAGUCCACAAACACCAAUCAAACUUGUACUUUGGAAAAAUCAGCAUUCAGAUUCAGUUUCAGGGACGACCAGAGAACACUAUAACUCAACUAAUUCAUUCUAUUAUCAUGGCAUUCAAUCGCCGGUUGCUUUUGGCUGCAGUGCUGCUGGCGGCGGCGGCGGUGUUCGGUCAGCUGGUCGGAAACGCCGAUGCAGCCACAUAUGUGGUCGGCGACAGCUUGGGCUGGACGAUUCCUCCCGGCGGCCCCGUCGCGUACUCCACCUGGGCUUCUCAGCAUGAAUUCAAAGUCGGAGAUGUUCUGGUGUUCAACUUCAGCACAGGGCUACACGAUGCCGCCUAUGUGACAAAGGCAGGAUAUGACGGAUGCAGCUCCAACAGCCCCAUUGCGCUCGCAACAGUCGGCCCGGCCAGUUUCACUCUCAACUCCACCGGCGAGCAUCACUACAUUUGCACAUUCGGCCAGCAUUGUUCCUUGGGACAAAAACUGGCUAUCAAUGUAACUGCUGCCUCAACCCCUACAGCUCCGGCUCCUGCACCGUCUUCCCCUACCACACCGCCCUCUCCAGCUCCAACGCCGGCACCGUCAGGAUCACUUUCACCAUCACCUUCACCGUCAGCACCAGGAGCUCCAUCACCUUCACCAUCAGCACCAGGAGCACCAUCAUCAGCUCCCACGCCUAGCGGCAGUGCCACUCCUCCUCCAUCACCGACUCCAGGAGCAUCCCCCGGAUCCAGUCCUCCACCUUCCCCUCCAUCGGAGGUGAGCCCACCGCCGCCUUCCAACUCUGCUACCCUCACAACUAUAAGUGCUCCAUUUAUCAUGUUUGCGUCCAUCGCCUUUGGCCUCAUGAUCUAGACUUCUUUUAUAGAUGAAGUAGAUGAUUUAUUGGUAUCAUCACUUACGUAUACUUCUAGUUGUGGCGUUCAUAAUGUUGAUUGUGCGCAUGCAUAGGCGUGUGAUGGGAUCAUUUGUUUUGGUUGUAUUUCAUUUGUUGGACUGAGAAUUUGAUGUUUGCGACUUGUUUGUGGACUAAUAAUGCUUAUUGGUUUACCGGCUGUGAAAUUCUUCUGAA